AGUUAAGGCUUUUUUAUUUGUUAAGUAGCAGAGGAAGAGGGAGACAUGGCCCGUAUGAAGCAUCGCCAGCGUCGUGGAAUGCUCAAGAUGUAUUAUGGAGUUGGUGAAGAGUCUGGAAAGUCAGCUGUUAUUGAUUCCUGUGACAUUAAUGGUGCACAUUUCAAGCCUGAGGCAUUUUUGGAGAAGCUUUUCAAAGAGAAAUCACUAAAUGAGCUUCAUGAUAAAGAAACAGAGAUUUCCAAACAAAUCAGAUCGUUAGACAGUGAGAUGCAGACCUUGGUGUAUGAAAACUAUAACAAGUUUAUCAGUGCUACUGACACCAUAAGGAAGAUGAAACAUGAUUUCAAGAAAAUGGAGGAAGAGAUGGAUAAGCUGGCGGCAAACAUGUCGACAAUCACAGAGUUCAGUGAGAAGAUAACCGGAACCCUUCAAGGAAAAAGACAGCAGAUCACUAAGUUAUCAGGCGUUCAUGCACUCCUGAAAAAGCUUCAGUUUCUCUUUGAGUUGCCAUCAAGACUAAACAAGUGUGUUGAAAUGAAGCAAUAUGGACUGGCUGUCAGGUAUUAUACAAAAGCAAGAGAUGUUCUUCACCAUUAUAGCCACAUGCCUUCAUUUCAUGGCAUUCAUCAGGACUGUGACGAGAUUGUUAAACAGCUGAUAGUUCAACUGAGGGAACAACUCAGGAAUCCAAAGUCAACACCCAAGCAGUUGGCAGAAUGUGUAGAUCUACUGCUUCAACUAAGGGAACCUGCUGAUGAGCUGUGUGAUGAAUUCUUAGCACAUUCAUCUCCUGCAAGGCAUGGUCAAGAUCAACAAGAACUGGACAAGAUUGUGACUGAGAAACUGUCCACUUUUAUUCUAUCCUUGAUGAAUGAAUAUUUUAAACUAAUAGAAGCCAGGAUUGAACUAGAGUCUGAUACUGGUGAUAACGUUCUUUUGGUACGAGCACUGGACCGCUUUCACCGCAGACUUCAAGCAGUUCAGAAACUUUUGCCAGGGAUUGGCGUGGGACGUUCGGGAGCAAACAUUGUGGCCCGGUCCGCGCAUAACAGAGUGAAUGUUUACGCUAAGAAUCUUCGACAGCACUUUGCUGUCUGUUUAACAGAUAUCAGACAGUCCCUCGCAACCCCGUCAGGAAAUGAGAAGCCACCUUCCCUGUCUGAGCUGUUGUCUACAAUGACCAACUCUCUUACUAACCAGCUGAAGUUGAUUCUGAACAGCCUGAAGACUUUCAUUGGAUCUGACAUCACAUUUGCUGUCAAACCAUACUUCCGAGGACCUUUCUGUUCCGAUGAUGUCCGAGAGGGCCUGGUCGUGGAGUUUAUACGUCACGUACUGCAAUCGGCUAAGGAGUUCUGUGAUUCUGGAACAGCUCCACCCGCUCUCAUUCUUUUGUUAUCGAGGUUAUGUCUUGAUUUUCAAGAGUCAACCAUCUCUUAUGUGUUAAGUCUUACUGACGAACAAUUUCCGGUCGACGAGGAGCUGGGACGAGGAAGCCUGACAACGUCCGUGUCAGAUCUCGCCACUGAGGCCCGACAAAUAUCGCAGUGCUUAUUGAAUCAUUACGUUCGGUUGCAAGGACUGACCAUUUCCCAGAUGAUCCGCAAGAGCGUGGAAACACGAGACUGGCUGAACACCAUUGAACCGAGGAAUGUCCGCGCUGUUAUGAAACGCAUCGUGGAAGACGUGACAGCCAUUGAUACACAAGUUGGUCAGUUGUACGAGGAGGGAGUGCGCAAAGCUCACAGUUCAGACUCUAGUAAAUUCACCUACACUUAUCCAUCCAAACCAAGCCGGAACCAGUGGAGUUACACUGCAAGCACGGCGUUCGACUCUAGUCUACUCAGUAACAUUCAGAAGUUGUUCUCGGAAAGAAUCGAAAUCUUCAGCUCAGUGGAAUUCUCCAAGGUGUCCGUGUUAACGGGGAUUGUCAAAAUAGGAUUAAAGACUCUUCUAGAGUGUGUACGGCUUAGGACGUUUGGAAAAUACGGUUUGCAACAGAUCCAAGUGGACACACACUACCUACAGAUGUACUUAUGGAGAUUCGUUUCUGACGAGAAUUUGGUUCACUUUAUGUUGGAAGAAGUUGUUAACAGUACUGUCAACAGAUGCCUCUCGCCAGAACUUAUGGAACCCAGUGUGAUUGAAGUGAUAUGCGAAAGAGGCUAGGAUGUCAGAAAGGAGGAUGAAUGAAAAUCGCUUACGUUCUCUACAGCAAUAUAUCUUUAUUGAGACUGCGCAUGAGCAGAAUUAUACCGUCAUAGAUCGUCAUACGUUUAAAAUGAAGAUGCCAAGACUAUUUAAUAGUAACCGAACGUUCAGGCAACGGUCAUUUAUGAGGAGUUACUGCUUCACUAACAGAUCACUUUGGCAUCUAGAUUUUCACUGCAGCAAUUUUUACAUGGAGAAACGCAGCCUCGUUCCCAGGGCUUCCUUUGAAGUAACAGUGGUAGAUACAAAAUUUGGACAAGCGUCCACUUUCACAAACGGGUACAAUUUCUCUUUGCUGGACUCACAGGUGAAAAGACAUUGACAUACGCACCAACAAACCAAAAUUAAAGAUUGUUUAAGAGCCUCUAGUUUUCUGAUUCUACCGAUGGAGGCGUCACCAUUACGUUGAAUAAAUAAAUAAUAGUGCGUUUUUUCACAGUCGAAUAACGAAAUAAUACAUUUGAAUGUAAUAAAAAAAUAUAUACUGAACUGAAAAAAGUGGCUUGUAUCGACGAAGAGUUACCCUAAAAAUGUCAAGGUGAAAUAAAGCAAACAGUUUUAAAGACAGUCAA